AAGGUAUCAGUUGGCAGUGUAUUUCAGUUUUUAACCAAUUGUGCAGUGCACCGACGAAAAAACUAAUAAUAAACUGACGGGGGUAUAAAUUAGCAUUGAAAUCCUUAUUUGUAUUAUCAAUUGUAUAGUAACUAAGAAAUAAAAUACAUAAAAAAUGGUCGACUAUAAAACUUGGAUGAAAGAACUUGACGAUAAUACCAAGUUGACUCAACUUGCUAUUCCAGGAACUCACAAUUCCGCAGCCUGUCAUACUGCAUUACCAUCGGUUCAAUGUCAGGGAGAAAGCGUUACUGAACAAUUGAAACACGGGGUUCGUUUCUUUGAUAUUAGAGUUGGUAAGCAAUUCUUGAAAGAAGGAGAUGAUGCUAAAGAUUUACAAGUUAUCCACGGGAAAUUCCCGGUCAAGAUUCCAUUUCCAAGAUUAUUGAAGGAUGUUUUGAAGGAAUUCUACGAUUUUAUUAAGGAUAACAAAUCUGAAACGGUUUUGGUUUCCAUUAAACAAGAAGGUACCGACGACUGGAAUAACGAUAAAGACGAGUUUGGUAAUUGUAUUUGGGAUAGAUAUGUUGAUAAACAAAAGGAUUUAUGGUAUUUGAAAUCUGAUCUUCCUAAAUUAGGUGAUGCCAGAGGUAAGCUUGUUCUUUUCAGAAGAUUUGGGGUUAAGGAUGAUGAAAAAAGACAGAAGUUUGGUUUUGAUGCUGCUUCUUGGAAAUAUAACACUACUGAAGACGAUCGUGGUAGAUUUGUUGUACAAGAUUUUUGUGAAAUUCAAAAUAAAGACGAUAUUUCUAAAAAAGUUCAGUAUGUUAAGGACUUAGCUGAAAAGGCUCAAAAGAGUAACGACGACAAGUUGUUUGUUAACUUUACUUCUGGUUCUAACUUUUUCGAUCAUGACUGUUGGCCUCAACAAGUUGCCGAUGCCAUGGAUAAAGGUGGUGUUGAAAAGGUUUUUGCUAAAGGUUGUGGUAUCAUUGUUUUAGAUUACAUUGAAGCCCACAACUGGAAAUUGGCUAAAGCUUUGAUUGAUAAAAACUUUUAAGAAGAGGCUUUUUUCUACUCUUGAUACAAUUAUGCUUU